AACAAAGCAUGCGCAGAAUGCAUCUUCCAUCUCACAUUUUGCCGCUUUUUCUAGUAAUUGUCGAUCGUUGGUGAAGUGCCGGCCAUUAUUUGUAAGCGGCAAGCGGUGUUUGUAUUUGUUUAAAAAUUCGUUGCUCCGGCGUGAAUCCAAUAGGAAGACUCGCACAAUUCCCAGCUUAGUUUAGUUCAAAUAAGUUAAUCAAAAUAUAACCGAGAUGGGCGACGAGAAGAAGGCAAGCGAUGCGGAACACAUCAACCUGAAAGUAUUGGGACAAGACAACGCAGUCGUACAAUUUAAAAUAAAGAAACAUACCCAGUUGAAAAAGUUAAUGACUGCCUAUUGUGAACGUGCCGGUAUAAGUCCUCAGGUCGUCCGAUUUCGAUUCGACGGGAAUCCCAUAAACGACACAGAUACUCCGAACUCUUUAGAUAUGGAAGAAGGGGAUACAAUCGAAGUGUACCAGCAGCAGACUGGUGGAAGCGUUAAUUAUAAUUAAUAACCGAUAUCCCGCUGUAUUUCUUAUUUUUCUAUAUUAAAUUAAAAUAGUUUUUAUGUAUGAUAAUUUAAUUUUAUUCGUUUUUAAUUGCAAUGCGAGGUAAAUCUUGUGAAAGUUGUUCAUAAUCCAAAUUCAACCGUUCAGGAUAGGUCUGAUUUUUUUUGUAAUUAAACUAGUAAUACAAAACAUUUUCUUAACGUAGUUUUUUAAUUGUAGCUGAUUGACAUUCAAUUACGUUUCUUUUUCGUAGUACUUUUGCCGUUCGCUUUAAGGGCGGUUCUGUCGUCGAAAACUGCGUCUCCGUAGGAUUUUAAAUGUAAAUUUGAAAACACCGAGAUGGCUACGAACGCAAUUAAACCGAUGAUAACUACGUAUUCAGCUCUGUUUUCAAACUUCACUCCGCAUAUCGAAUACCAAAUCGAACCUUCCGAUGGUACUCUUUUCAAGCAACUAAAAUCGAAGUACUUCUCGUCGUAGUCGGUAGAACACAAGUACU